AUGCCUCCUGUCCCAGAGAAUGACAUCUACCAGCGUGUUAACGCUGGACCGCGGAAGAUCGAGUUUCCGCUCACGGAAUAUCGAGAUUGUGAGGAACGACGAGCUGGUGCCAACGAUCAGCGAGCUGCGGAACUACCUGUGACCAACCGGCCGAGGAAACAUGAAAUCGCAGUCACUCAUAUGGAUCAUUUUGUACCGGAGGAAGGCGGCCCAACCCAGUUGGCAGGCCUUCAAAGCUAUCGUCCCAAGAUCAUCGUGGUCUGGAACAACAAGGGAGGUGUCGCUAAAACCACCACAACACAUUCCUUGGCCUUUGCGCUUGCAAGCAAUUCACACAACAAGGUUCUCAUGGUCGAUUGCGACGGGCAGCAGAAUCUCUUGCAACUGGCAUUUCGCAAGGCCGUUUACACAGAUCAGCAUGACGAGAUAGCAGGCGAUUACUUAGCUUACUUAUCAUCAAGGCUGCCACGGGGCCUCCGCACGGGUUCUUCCAUCUCGCUUGAAGCAGCAUCGAGGAAAUUCCGAGAUACAAACGGCACUGCUGAGCUUUGCGUGCCACAUGCUUUCGAGGUUCCAGAUGGUCCAGGAACUAGGAACAACAAGCGCCUGUUUUUUGUAGCUGCAGGAGAAGAGUUUGAACGCAUUGAUGCUUUUCUUACUCAAAAAUUCCAACAGAUCAAUAUGGGUCAAGAGGCUGCAGAACUGCAUAAUUGUCCUGGAAUUCUCUUUCAUCAGAUCUGGAGGGCGGCGUACUCAGUUGGAGCUACAUAUGUGGUGCUGGACCUUGCGCCAGCAAUCAAUACGACCAACAAGCUUCUUCUGAUGCAUUCUGACUAUUUCUUGACCCCUUGCUUGUCGGAUCAGUUCUCUCAAAGAGCUCUCGAAAGGCUGAGAAGAGAUUUCGGCAAGUGGUACCGUGAGUUUUAUGGAGGAGGCAAUCCAGGCAAUGGGAUCCGCAUGGCAAGUAGGGGUUGGAGGAAGGUAGGUGGAAUGCCCAAAGCCGAUUGGCCUCUUCCAGACAUGAAGCCACAGUAUGCUGGGGCAAUCAUCUCAGGUUAUACAGCCAAUCCGACCAGCAUUCUUACGCCUGUAAGUAAUCAGAGUGGUGGUCUGCAGCAGCAAGAGAGCCCUGAGGGUCACUUGGCGAGGUUGUUGCAUGCUCAGGUUAUGUUCUUUGCCAACGAGCUGGGUCGAGAGUUGUCAUCUCGAGGAUUUGCAGUGCCAGCAGACAAAUUUACACAUCCAGCGAGAUCAAACAUGUACCCACAACCCUACGUUGCCGCCUGCAUCAGGAAGUCCACCUCAGGGUGGGAGCAUACAUCAGAGAAAUGUGGAAAGCCUUGGGCCUUUCUCACUGAGAUAGAGUUGGCAAGGAUGUUGACCGAAAUGGGCAGGACGACAGAUGCUCGGCAACGAGAGUCCGUGGCUCACUACCGCAGGAUCUAUCUGGACCUCGCAGAAUUCUUGAGCAGGCUUGAAAUCAGCAGCGCGGGCGGAGCGGAUCGCUUUGUGUUUAACAUGCCUAAACUUGGUCAUGACAACAAUGACGCUGAGUUUGACCAGUCUGGUGACAUAUGA